AUGCCCCAACCGAAACGCCGGCAGUAUGGGGAGGCGAGCUACUGGGACGACCGCUACGCGCGGGAGCCGGUGACGUUUGACUGGUAUCAGGGUUGGCCGGGACUUAAGGAGGUCAUACUCAAGCACUUCAAACCAGAGGAGCCCCUGCUGCACGUGGGCGCGGGCACGUCGCGGCUGCAGGAGGGCAUGGUGCGGGAGGGCGGCUUCAGGCGCGUCGUCAACGUGGACGUCUCCACGGUGGUGGUGGAUCAGAUGGCCAAGCUGCACAGCGGCAUCGCUGAGCUGGAGUACGUGGCAGCGGAUGUGAGGAGCAUGCCCCAGUUUGCAGACGGCGCCUUUGCCGGCGUCCUGGACAAAGGCACCCUGGACGCCAUCGUGUGCGGCCAGUCGCCGGUCGCCAACGCGGCGGCGGCGCUGGCGGAGUGCUGCAGGCGAGAUUUCUGA